AUGGCUUCUGCCAAGGGUUUGAACCCGUUUGCUCCUGAGUUUAGGUCGCGAACCCGGUUGGUCUUCUCCGACUAUCCACUGCUUCCUCCACCGCUCAACCGCUACGCCUCUUGUUUUUACUCCUUCUCCAAUGUUCUAACAGCACCGGCAUACUUUCCAAGUUCUCCCGCAACUUACUCUAUCCCCGUCCCCCCCGAUUUGCCGUACCCAACUCAUCACUUGAAGGACCAUGUGGUUCCGGCCACCGAGCCCGCGACUCAUCACACCGAGCAGCUGGUUGAGGUUGAGCAACAAACCCAUGAGGCUGUCCAGAACUUCGCUCCUCCAAAAGUUCCUCGGAAUCGUGGUUCCAAGAAAGGGUUUAGGAGGAACAGUCGAUACUUUGAUCAGCCAACCGGAAGAAGCAGUAGAACUCAGAAGCCUGCUGAGGGAAAGUUACCCAAGAAAUAUGUUGAAAACAAUUGGAGGGUGCCCAGGAGGAUGUGGAAGAGGUUCUCCGAUGUGCUGCCGGUAAAAAAAAACGGUGAUGGUACCACCGUCAUGAUCAAAAACAUACCCAACAAGUACUCUCGCGAUCUGUUGAUUGCUUUUCUGGAUCGCCACUGCGCCAAAGAGAAUCAGAAAUCUGACGGAGAGAAAUCGGAAUCGGAAUCGGAAUCGGCCUUUGAUUUCUUGUAUCUGCCGAUUGAUUUCUGGACUGGGAUGAACAAGGGCUAUGCAUUUGUAAACUUCACAAACCCAAAAGCUGUGUGGAAAUUUUACUUGGCCGCUCAUUGCAAAACAUGGGAUUCGUUCCACUCCAACAAGAUUCGAGAAAUCGCCUAUGCCCGAAUCCAGGGGAAGAAGGAUCUGAUUCAACAUUUUGAGACAAUGGGGUUUCCUUGCGAGUCGGAAAAUGUGCUGCCGGUUUGUUUCAGUCCACCGCGGAACGGAUCGGAGAAGGUGGUGAAGAGAAGAAAUGUGGGGAAGCUUGAGGGAUGGGAUUUGACGGGAUUGAAGCGACAAGCUGCAGGAACUUGUAGGAAGUUUGAACUGGUGAAGGAAGGAAGCUCAGCUAGCUAG